AUGGAAUCGGCAAAUAUAAAUGGCUUGAUGGUAGGAACAUAAUCUUAUUAGGGUUAAUGGGUCAGAAAUUAAAUGCAUGGUCGAGGAUACUACAGGUGGAUUGAUGGGAAAUAUUAUGAUGGAGAAUAUGAAAAUGAUAAAAAGAAUGGGAUUGGUAUUUCAAUUGGUGGGAUGGAAAAUAAUAUUAGGUUUAUUGGCUAGAUGGAAAGGAAGAAAAAGUUUGGAGAAUGGUAAAAUGGCAAAUUAAUAAGCUGUUCUAAUGAAUCUAAUUUAUAAAUUAUUCCAAAUGGAUGGUUUCUAAUCACUUUUAAUUAAUGA